AUGGAAAGCAAGUACCCAAACCCGAUUACACCAUCACAAACCCGAAUCGGAUGGAUCGGCAUCGGAGUUAUGGGCGGCGCCAUGGCCUCCCGUCUCAUCUCCGCCGGUUACACUCUCACUUUCUACGCUCGCAACCCAACCCACCAAAACUCUCUCUCCCUUCAAUCUCAAGGUGCCAAACUCGCUGACUCCCCUUCCCAUCUCGCAAACUCGAGCGACGUCGUUUUUACCAUGCUCGGCCAUCCCUCCGACGUUAGAUCCAUCCUCCUCGACAAAAACGGCGUCGUUUCAUCCUUAAACCCUAACACCGUCACAGUCGACUCCACCAGUUCACAUCCAGAUCUCGCCAGAGAAAUCUCCCUCGCGGCAAGAACCAAAAACGCUUGGUCAAUAGACGCUCCUGUCUCCGGCGGAGACAUCGGAGCAAGAGACGGAAAACUAGCAAUCUUUGCCGCUGGUGAAGCCUCCGUAGUUGAAUGGCUACAACCCUUGUUUAACAUCAUGGGAAAAGCAACCUACAUGGGUCCCUCAGGCUCUGGGCAGAGCUGCAAAAUAGCCAACCAGAUAACAAUCGCGGCGAAUUUGAUCGGAAUUAGCGAAGGUUUAGUGUUUGCGAAACGAGCCGGGCUUGAUUUGGAGCAAUUUGUGAAUGCAAUUAGAGGCGGUUCGGCGGGUUCGAAAGCGUUGGAGUUGUUUGGGGAGAGGAUGAUAAAGAAAGAUUUUAGACCGGGUGGUUAUGCUGAGUAUCAGGUUAAGGAUUUGGGAAUGGGAAUUAAUUAUGUUGAAGGUGGUGAUGAUAACAAGGUUGUUGUUUUGCCAGGAGCUUCUUUGGCUAAACAAAUAUUUACUGGUAUGGUUGCUAAUGGAGAUGGAAAACUUGGUGGUCAAGGUGUUAUUUCUGUUAUUGAAAGGAUUAAUGGAGAUUAG